GCGGGAGGACGCCGCCGAUGCCGCGACGCCACCGCCAUCCCCGCCGCCGACUUUCGUGAUUUCGUCCCGCGCCGUCCCAAUGGACUCCCCCGUGGGCCACCAAGUCAACAACGGCAAUGACUGUAACAUGUUGUCCGGAGGUCUGGUCGCCGCCUUCCCGGAGAUGCAGAGCACCGGCGGCGGCGGCGGCUCGUCCUCGCCCUCCCUCGCGGGCUUCGGCCCGCCUUGGUCGGUGCAGACGUGCAGCUCGUCGCCCCCUCCUCCUCCUUUUCCUGCUCCCCCGCCUCCUCCCGCUCCACCUGCGCCCGCAUGCACCUCCGCCGACAGCAGCGGCGGCGGCGGCGGCUUCUACGGGGGGAUGCCGUCACCCUCCGUCAAUCCGGCUUUCUACCAGGGUUUCUCGGCUAAUCCGUGCUCCGGGAUUAACGUGCAGGGUUUCGGCGGGCCCUUCUCGCCGCAGAUCCGCCGCUCUCCCAUCAACCCGCAGAUGCACAACCAGCAGGGCGCCUUCCUGCAGCAGAGGAACAACUACAACCAACAUCAGCCUAUGAUGAAGCAGUCUCCCUGGGGUCCUCACCAGGGCAACGGCUGGAGUUCGGGCGGCGUGUCUUGGGGGCGCGACCACCGCAAGGGGGCGGGCCAGGGCGGCCACGUCUCGUCGCCCCUCAAGAAGGCCUUCCCGAGCAAUGUCAUCGCCCCGCCCAAGUUACCGCGCUCGGCUGCCUCGCUGGGGCCCAAGGCUUGGCCGGAGGACAACGUGUUUCGUGUGGAUGGCAACAGUAACACUUUGAUGCCCCUCCAGGACCGCUCCAGGCUACACGAGAGUCUCAACAUGCAUUCGCUGGAGAGCUCCCUGAUUGACAUCAUGCGAGCCGAGCAGGAUCCCAUGAAAGGUCGCAUUGGAUGCCUGAACCAGGCUGCCGACGGGCUCCUCAUGCUCAACGCCAGGAGCUAUGGGAGACGUCGAGGGCGCUCUUCUCUUUUCCCCAUCGAUGACAAUCUCCUGGAUGAUGCUCACGGCAACCAGGGUCUCUCGGGGGUCCUGGGUUCGGCCGGCUGCUACCCGCAUCAGAACGGCGAACGCAUCGAGCGCUUCUCGCGCAAGGUGUUUGUGGGCGGGUUGCCGCCUGACAUAGACGAAGAUGAAAUAACCUCCAGCUUCCGCCGCUUCGGUCACCUGGUGGUUGACUGGCCUCACAAAGCUGAGAGCAAGUCCUACUUUCCACCCAAAGGAUACGCCUUCCUGCUGUUCCAGGAGGAGACGUCGGUGCAGGCUCUGAUUGAAGCCUGCAUGGAGGAGGACGGGAAGCUCUACUUGUGCGUCUCCAGCCCCACCAUCAAGGAUAAACCUGUGCAAAUCCGUCCUUGGAACCUGAGCGACAGCGACUUUGUGAUGGACGGCUCUCAGCCCCUGGACCCCCGCAAGACCAUCUUUGUGGGAGGCGUCCCUCGUCCCCUGAGAGCAAUCGAACUGGCCAUGAUCAUGGAUCGCCUCUACGGGGGCGUCUGCUACGCCGGGAUCGACACCGACCCGGAGCUCAAGUACCCUAAAGGGGCGGGACGGGUGGCCUUCUCCAACCAGCAGAGCUACAUCGCCGCCAUCAGCGCCAGAUUUGUGCAGCUGCAGCAUGGCGACAUCGACAAGCGGGUGGAGGUGAAGCCGUACGUGCUGGACGACCAGUUGUGCGACGAGUGCCAGGGCGCUCGCUGCGGCGGCAAGUUUGCGCCCUUCUUCUGCGCCAACGUCACCUGCCUGCAGUACUAUUGCGAGUUCUGCUGGGCCAACAUCCACUCGCGUGCCGGCCGUGAGUUCCACAAGCCCCUGGUCAAGGAGGGCGCCGACCGCCCGCGCCAGAUUCACUUCCGCUGGAACUAGAAGAUAUCAGUGUAACCCCCAGCUAAACCCGAGUUGUCCAAACCUGGAGCCAUUUGCAGCCUGCCGCCAUUUUUUUUUAGACAAAACGCAAGACACACUUAAAUUCAUACCCAACCAGACAAAAAUAAUUCACAAAAGCAAACAACUGUCAUGACAUUAUCUUGCCAAACUGUUUUUCAAAGGUCUGACAGCCAACAGUGCUGAUUUAGCAGUUUAAUAAGUGAAAAUGAAUCUGGACGCACUUUCCAUUUUGAACAAAACAGCAUCUGUAACCUUGCGAUUUUCGCUCCUUAUCUAAGACAAAAUCCAGACUUUCAUUCUUGAGACGACAUCAUGUCUCACAGCUCACGCAAACUGAGGUGGAGUCUCAGAGAGUCCGAGAGGGUUGGACCUCAAGCUAUUUUCAAUGCAUUCAAUUGAUUAAUAAUGUGUGAAAAUAACACACGACGUAGCAUAGAGUUGUGAAAAAAACAACCAUAUUUGGACAUCCGACGUUUCCACCCGACAGUGACGAUAUAUCACACAAUUUAGAGUUCUUUCACAUCUUUCUGAUCGACUGAUUUGAGUGUGUUCGAGUGGAAGGAUGUCAAAGUGAUCCUUGACGCCGUUGAAUUUUCCAUAGGCGGCCGUUGGAAGAAAAAGUUUGCACACCCCUGCACUAAACCGUAGGGCACCGCUCUAGGUAGCAGCCGAGCUUUCUUUGCAGCCAGCAUCACUACUUUUUCACCCCAUAUCUCAGGCUCUUUUUUUCUGGUACUUUUCAUAGAUGAAAAAAAGAAAUUGAGAUUUUAUACAUUUUUAUUUUAUUUUAUUUUUUAUUUUUUGAAAGCGAGACAAAAACAGCAAAUGUUAAUAUUUGCCGUGGGGUGAUGGUCUGCUGCUUGCCAACCCCACGCGGCGCGCAUCCUACACUCAUGCCUGCUGAGGACGCUAACCAAAGGUAGCGAACCAUGAUAGCAAAGCAGAAAUGCCGACACGUGCUUUUAGGAUGCAAGACUACUGACCUUUAGCCUCUUUCACAAAGGACAUCCUGCAAAUUUGCAGAACCUGAGUUGGAAAAGGACAAUUUAUCCACGUCUGCCUUUCACACGGAACUCGGGAUGGGCGCUAAAUUUCCAUGAUAGAAAUCCUUUCAACAGCAGAUUGUCCGAGAUUAAACCAACAGUCAAAUGCUAACUAUUGGUUCUGUCGUGCCAAAUUGCCACAUCCGAUCCGUAGCAGUUAAUGUGCUAUUUUUGUCUGUUUUAAACAAAAGAUGGGGAUUACAUUUCCUUCAAAGGUCUCCUUUAGACAGCGAACUAGUUGCGACUGUAGCCUCAUCCCUGCUCUGCUGCGAGCUGACGUUGGAGCACUAACGGAGUUUGUCCGCCUUUGCCUUUAACGCAGAACUAGUGAUGGGCACAAAUUAAUUCCAAGUCCCUGCGAAGUGUCAAUAAAUGUCUCAUAAAUUUGACACACCCCAGAGAAGACUUUCAUAACAACCUUGCCAAAUUUUUAUGAUUAUAAUCAUUACCAGGUGUAUGAAAUGAGUAUUCCAAAUGCUGAUAAAUUAGCUCAAUGCUACUUCUACUAGCUUGAAAAAUGGAUGCUACUUUGCCCAGCAUCUUUCUUAUGUCGACACAUACUUACUUCUCGCAAGAUGGACAUUUGAUAAAAAAGUGACAUGCUUGCACUCAGGCCACAAUAGCUAGGACUAUCUGAAGGGAAGAUGCUUUUUUUAGGGUGUUGCCCGAGCAAUCGAGCUCGCUAACUAUUU